AUGCGCCGUUGGGCCCUUCUCACGGGCCUCAGCGUCGAGCAGCUCUACUGGGUUGGCUGCGCCCUCGAACCCAUUCUCAGUCCACUCACCUUCUGGGUCAAGAAGAAGGGGACGCACCCUUCCGACAUCGGACCGCGCCUUUCCAAGCUUGCCGAGCUCCAACUCCUCUCUCCAGGUGGCGUCGUCCAUGCCGCUCUGCAGAGCGUGAACGUAGACCCUGCCGAGUUCUCCCACGGUCCCCUCGCCAAGCCGGGUCUUCUUAACCUCCCAAAGCUCGUCGGCACCCUCCAGUGGGCCACCGCCUUCCAGAAUGAGAAGGAGAAGCGCGAGGAGGAAGGCAAGGUGCCUCGCAUCGUCAUGCAAGCGGUGGGCGUCAGCGACCGUGUGAUGCCCGCUGCUGCUGCGGGAUGCGAGCUCCUCCUGCCGUAUUCCACGAACGUUGCCGCCCUUCACCAUCUUGCCCGCACCUACAUCAGCCUGGCCAACAAGGACAAGAAGUGGGUCUCGAAGAGUGCCGAGGAGAUGUGGUCCGACCUUCAGGGCCACCCACUCCGCCUUGGAAACCACGAGUCGUCCCCAGUCUUCCUCCUCUUUGUCGAAUCUGCGCGCGACCCCGCCCUCACGAAGGACCAGCCGGUCCAUCUGGGCCUCAUCAAGCAGCUUGUUCGCAGCCUCGACCCCUCCGUCGAGGUCCCCUACAUCGACAAGGCCCCAAUGCCAACCGACAUGUGGGAGGUCUUUGACGACCCAGACUUUGCCUGGAACAGGCACCACACCCUCCAGUUCCGCAAAGACUGGGGUAGAGAGUGGGGCCUCGACGACAAGACCACUGGCGCGAGGACCGAUGCCGACGGUGAGGACGCAAGCGACGACUUGGCCGUCCAUGCGCACAAGCCCACCAAGAUCGCCUCUGUUGAGUCGGCGGACUACGAGUGCAUGUAG